UCCUCCCCCCACUACACUCCCUUCUUCCCCGGCGCUGAUUGUCACACAUUGUUUACUACGGCUUGAAAUGUGACUCACAACAGCGGGCUAUCUGCUGGAGGAGCGCUCUGACAACUGAGGGAUUCUUUUUGACGCGCGCCGUGCGCCUUGGUCAUUUUGGGGACACGCCGUGGACACUAAACCCCUUUUCCUGCCAUGGCAGUGGAUUUGUUUGCGCUUUUGUGCGUGCUGGUCACCGCAUCCUCCGCGAUGGAAGAGACCGUGAUGGACACUCGGGUGGCCACAGCUGAACUGGGUUGGACGGCGUAUCCUAAUUCUGGGUGGGAGGAGGUGAGCGGCUACGAUGAAAACCUCAACACAAUCAGGACCUACCAGGUGUGUAAUGUCUUCGAGCCCAGUCAAAACAACUGGCUCCUCACCACCUUCAUUGAUCGGCGCGGAGCGCAGCGCAUCUAUGUGGAGAUUAGAUUCACCGUGCGCGACUGCAGCUCCAUCCCCAACGUUCCCGGCUCGUGCAAGGAGACGUUCAAUCUCUAUUACUAUGAAACUGACGCCGUCAUCGCCACUAAAGGCACGGCCUUCUGGAUGGAGGCCCCGUACCUCAAAGUGGACACCAUCGCUGCGGAUGAGAGCUUCUCGCAGGUGGACUUUGGCGGGCGCCUGAUGAAGGUCAACACUGAGGUGCGAAGCUUCGGCCCGUUGUCCAAAAACGGCUUCUACCUGGCGUUCCAGGACUACGGCGCCUGCAUGUCUCUGCUGUCGGUCCGGGUGUUUUACAAGAAGUGCCCGAGUGUGGUCCAGAACUUUGCAAUCUUUCCAGAGACCAUGACGGGGGCAGAGAGCACCUCGCUGGUUAUUGCGCGAGGAGUCUGCAUUCCCAACUCGGAGGAGGUGGAUGUCCCCAUAAAGCUGUACUGCAACGGAGACGGGGAGUGGAUGGUUCCUAUCGGCAGCUGCACGUGCAAGGCCGGGUUCGAACCUGACAACGGCAACGUAUGUCGAGCGUGCCCCCCGGGUACCUUCAAGUCGACCCAGGGUCCAGGUCUGUGUCUGCAGUGCCCCCCCAACAGCCGCUCCACAGCGGAGGCCGCCACCAUCUGCGUGUGCCGCAACGGUUAUUACCGCGGCGACGGCGAUCAGCCGGACGAGCCCUGCACCAGUGUCCCGUCCAGCCCGCGGAAUGUCAUCUCCAUAGUGAACGAAACGUCGGUGAUCCUGGAGUGGCAUUCUCCCAGGGAGACGGGCGGCCGCGAAGACGUCGUCUACAACAUCGUUUGCAAAAAGUGCCGGGCCGACCGUCGCUCCUGCUCCCACUGCGACGACAACGUGGACUUCGUCCCUCGGCAGCUGGGUCUGACUGACACCAGGGUGUUCAUCAGCAACCUCUGGGCGCACACUCUCUACAGCUUUGAAAUACAAGCUGUCAAUGGAGUGAGCAAUAGGAGCCCGUACCCUUCUCAGCAUGUCUCCAUUGAUAUCACCACCAACCAGGCCGCACCCUCCAUAGUUCCCAUCAUGCACCAGAUCAGCUCCACAAUGAAUAGCUUCACACUGUCUUGGCCACAACCAGAACAGCCCAAUGGCAUCAUCCUGGACUAUGAACUACGCUACUACGAAAAAGACCACGCGGAGAUUAACUCCACCAUCCUGAGAAGCCAAACCAACACUGCGCGAGUGGAGGGCCUCAGGCCGGGCACCGUCUACGUUGUACAGGUGCGGGCGAGGACUGUGGCUGGCUUUGGCAAAUACAGCAGCAAGAUGUGCUUCCAAACCCUCACAGAUGAUGACUUCAAGUCUGAGCUGAGGGAACAGCUUCCACUGAUUGCGGGGUCCGCGGCAGCAGGAGUGGUCUUCAUUGUUUCCCUGGUCGCUAUCUCCAUUGUGUGCAGCAGGAAAAGGGCGUACACCAAGGAGGCGGUGUACAGUGACAAGUUGCAACAUUACAGCACAGGAAGGGAACUCUCUUUGCGAGCCGACAUGUCUAACUGCCCCUCCCCACUGGGCUGCCCGACCCACUUCUCAGGCUCCCCGGGGAUGAAGAUCUACAUUGAUCCGUUUACCUACGAAGACCCCAACGAAGCUGUGCGAGAAUUCGCAAAGGAGAUCGACGUCUCCACUGUCAAGAUUGAGGAGGUCAUCGGUGCAGGUGAAUUUGGGGAGGUUUACAAGGGCCGUUUGAAGCUGCCUGGUAAGCGGGAGAUCUAUGUGGCUAUCAAGACCCUGAAGGCGGGCUACGCGGAGAAACAGAGACGCGACUUCCUGGCUGAGGCGUCAAUCAUGGGCCAGUUUGAUCACCCAAAUAUUAUCCGUCUGGAGGGUGUAGUGACAAAGAGCCGCCCGGUCAUGAUUGUCACAGAGUUCAUGGAGAAUGGUGCCCUCGAUUCAUUCCUCAGGCAAAAUGAUGGCCAGUUCACGGUGAUCCAGUUGGUAGGAAUGAUGCGUGGCAUCUCGGCUGGGAUGAAAUACCUCUCAGAAAUGAACUACGUCCACCGUGACCUUGCUGCACGGAAUAUUCUGGUCAACAGCAACCUGGUGUGUAAAGUGUCUGACUUUGGCCUGUCCCGCUACCUGCAGGAUGACACCUCUGAUCCCAGCUACACCAGCUCUCUAGGUGGGAAGAUCCCAGUGCGGUGGACAGCACCAGAGGCCAUUGCUUACAGAAAGUUCACCUCGGCCAGUGACGUUUGGAGCUACGGCAUUGUCAUGUGGGAAGUGAUGUCUUUUGGAGAGAGGCCUUAUUGGGACAUGUCCAACCAGGAUGUGAUUAACGCCAUCGAGCAGGACUACCGUCUGCCCCCACCUAUGGACUGCCCCAGUGCUCUGCACCAGCUGAUGUUGGACUGUUGGCAGAAGGACCGUAACGUACGACCUCGCUUCAGCGACAUUGUCAGUACCCUGGACAAGAUGAUCCGUAAUCCCACCAGCCUCAAAGCUGUAGCCAACAUCCCUGCAGUGCCUUCCCAGCCACUGUUGGACAGAUCUAUACCUGAUUUCAACAGCUUCAGCUCAGUAGAGGACUGGCUUGCUGCCAUCAAGAUGAGCCAGUACAGAGACAACUUCCUAAACUCAGGUUUUACUUCCCUGCAGCUGGUGGCUCAGAUGACCUCAGAGGACUUGCUGAGAAUAGGAGUGACCCUGGCAGGCCACCAAAAGAAGAUCCUCAGUAAUAUCCAAACCAUGAGGGUGCAGAUGAGCCAGUCACCCACGACCAUGGCAUGACUACAGGGGGCGCUGUACCAUGGCGAAGGCAGCAUUCCUGGGACCAACAAAGACGGCAGGCCUCGAAUGACCCCUGAUCCAUCGGAACGCGCCAGAGUCGAGACAAUUGUCUUAAUCUAAUCAACUACCGCGACAACAGGAGACCAGGGUCUACGCUAUCACACGAUCAACAGUUAUCACACUUCACGCAAUCCACGCCAGGAGUUCAGGGUCCAGACUUGAUGCCGUUUCUUCAUGUAUACGCAGUAACGCAAAGAAGACAGAUAUCAGUGUGUGUGGCUAUGGACUGCCAUUCAAGUCAUUUUAAACCAAAAUAACUCCAACAAUCGGACAUGAAACAGGGACUCCCUCGCAAUUUCAAACAGUAUGGUAAAAUAAGUGAUAUCGUACUUUUUUUAUUAUCUGGACUUGAAGAUGUUGUAAACAAAAGUGUGAGACAUUUAGAAACAACUUGUAACCUGUGAUUUUUAACUGUCGUCAAUGUGUGCAAUGAAGAUGCCUUGACCUGGCCAGAAAUAAGUCCAAGAAGAAAAAGCAAUUACCAAUAGGAAUAAUUAGAGGGAGAGGAUUACAGGGAUGUACAGUGGAGCACCGAUUUCAACUUCCACACUUCAUAAUUUGCUUGAAAAAUGUAUCGUUAAAUGGACUGGUAAACUUUAGAGCCAGUUAUAUUUUUGACUUUCAACAUCUGUUUGUUGUUUUCAUCACUAUAGCAAGAUUCCGCCCACUCAUAUUUAAACUUAAAAACUACCUGUGGGAAGCUGGGUGGAGGGACUUCUCAACCAGCCCCACCCACAUUCAGAGAAUAUAAAUAUGUUUAUCUCUUGCUCACUAUGAUUCUAUAUUUCAUAAUAAACCUUCAUAUUGAAGGUGAUAUGUAUGAAUAUGUAUGUACAGAACUCUCUGCUUGCAUUUUUGGCAAAGACAUGUUUGUUGGCUAGAUUGUGAUAGACACAUAGAGACGUGUACAUUCUUCAAGGUGCCCUGGAUCCCUUCACGUGACCGGACAACAGACACUGGGUUGUACGACUCCCUGCUUCAGGGGAACAAGGACAAUCCGACUGGAUUUUAAGCUGAGGAAAACGUGAAAGGAAUCGUAGAAAAAUAAUUGGUAUUGUACAUCUAUAUGACAAUUGCUGUAGGAGUUCAAAUAAUUGACAAAAUAUCCGUCUAUUGGGAAUCAUGUUUAAUGUGGCUGUACACAUUCUUCGUCUUUCGCUGGUCAGCACUUACUUGUACAGAUAUGUUUUAUGUUUUUAUUUGUUUUUGUUACGUGUAUUGAGAGUGCUGAGCAACAUCCAGAGGGGAAGGAAACGCCACGCCUCGGCCGGCCCAUAUCUAUGGUAAAUAUCUGUGGAAAAGACAUCAAAUUGCAUUGGAGCCGGAAAAAAAAAUCCAGUUAAUCUUUCCUACGGCUUCUCCAACCAUCUUUGGCGAAGCGAGUUUGAAAUAAAUAAGAGAGAAGCUAAUCAAAGCGCUGGACAUAGCAGUGAAUCCGCUUGACUUCUGUACCCAGUCAAACUGAGUAUCCCUAGAAAAAUAAUUGGUAUUGUAAAUCUAUUUGACAAUUUCAGAGUUAAAAUAAUUGACAAAAUAUCCAUCUAUUGGCGAUCAUGUUUAAUGGCUGUACACAUUCUGUCUCGCACCCCAUGCUGCUGCCAUAUGGGUGGACGGGUCGAGGGCAAACGCGUUGUGAGAGUUCCACGCACAUAUGAAUCAGUGUAAGUCUUAGCGGCAGCUAUUGGUGUUUACUAUUGGUAGUACUUGAUUGCCAGAUGUCGUCAUUGUUCCCAAGUGAUGCUGUGGACGGACGGCCAGGAUAUUACUGGAUAGUACACAAGGAGGACUUUUUUUGUCUGGGAUGGUCGAUGAUGAUUGUUGUGUGAAUGGUUGGUGCAAAUUGGUAGUGGGAGACUAGCUUGGUCAAGUAGUGGUGUUUUUUUUCUUCUUAUUUUCUUCUUAGAAAGCUGUGAGGAAUGGUUGUUGUAUUUCAUGAAUCAAGUUUUGUUGAGUGUUGAUGAAAUUGUAAUAACAUUUGGAAGGAAAUUUACCUGAAUGUCCCCCUUAUUCACCGGCAAUUAACAUGAGCUUUUAUAGAAUCAAUUCACUGCGGCAGUUGUGAUUCCCCAUUCGAAGAGUGGUGAAUGAAUACGGCUCUAACCACCUUACAUCUAAAAUUAGAAAUUGCUGGUGGACCAAUUAGUCGAUGGUUAUAUAUACUCUCCCGCCUUUAAUCAUCUUCCUUCUCUCUCUCCCCUGCACUGUCUCCCUGGCCUCCCUUGCUAGCUGGCACAUCUCCAGCGUGUUUAUUGUUGAUUUAACCACCGGGCUGGACGAGGUUUAACCCGGCCUGAGGACAGGUUGGUUGGCUCUGUGCUCCGAUGGGCCCGGGCAAGAGUGCAAACACCUGCUGGGACCCCGCAUUUGAAUUGCAUCCAAUUAGGGAGACUGAAAAUAUAUACACACAAACAAUGGAACCAUUGAUUAUGAUGAAGGGACAGUUGGCAGGGAACCGUCAGAGUUUUUGCUCAUUUAAGAGAAAGAGGGGGGUGAGUGUUUUUACAGAGGGGUGGAGUCAAAAGACAGAAGUGGCAUUAAGACGAUGAUUAUUAGAUGAAAGUUAGAAGUUCAGCUAUUUGUAUUGCAAUUGGGUUCAUGUGUAAACAUCUUUGUCAUUGCAUCAUUUUCAUUUCUUUGGUUUAGAUUGGGAAUGGAAAAUAAGUAAUCAAGCAACUGGCUUGCUUCAACGGCGAAAAAUCAAUUUCUUUCUCUAUUUCCAUUCAUCAAUAUAAUAAUAAUCACAUACUUCUUGACAUUGGCAUUACUCCCAUUUGCAGAAGCUAAUGAUUGAAUUUGAAUGCAUUAGUGCUCUUUUCAGCUCAGUCUCGUGUAUUUGCUUUCAACCCAAGAGCCUGUGGAUGAGAUGAUAGAAUACAUUCAUUAUGUAACAGUGUAAUUCUCCGUGUGCUCUGUUUGUCUUUCUAAAUAUCUGACUGUAAUGACACUCCAGUGUGAUAAAUGGAGAGGCGGGUCGCCGUCCAUCUCUAAAAGCUGUUUCAUAUGGAAGCCAUUCAUCACACUGAUACACAACCCAAGAACAAAGCUUGUAAAAUGUUUCACGGCGCUGUUACUGUCACAGAAGUGACCAACGAUCCUUUUUAGUGGCUGAUUUCAUGCCUAUCAUUCAUUGGUGGGAACGGCAGAAGCCGUUUUGACCCGACACCCUACAAAACUACCCUAUUAAACUACUCCAUUCUCUCUUUUCCCUCUGUUUCAGAAUGUGGACUCGAUAUACACACAUAUUUAAACCCAAAACACACAUUUUCUGUCACACUUUUACAUGCACGUGCACACCGUGUGAACACUUGGAGUUGCUGUGGGGAGCCUGUGGAAGAGCAAGUCAAAUGGGAUCUUUCAAGGAGACCAGCUAUAACAUCCACCACGUGGUACACAACGGAUGUUGAAGAUGGAUAUUAGCGCGCACAUAUCAUAUUUUGUCUAUUUGUGUGGCAGAGAGUGAAUGAAUGUGUGGGAGCAUAAGAGGCACGUUUGUAUGUACAGACAUUUAUAUGUGAACAGGUACACAGUUUAAGAGUUUGAACAGUUUUUUUUCUUCUUUUUUUCUGUAUAGCUACCACUUGUAAAUUGUGACAAGUACGUGUCAAGAGUUUGUAAACUGUAACUUUCUGAGAAAUAUUGUACUAAAAUGCACUCAAUAAACGCCUUGAAAAACAUGUCAA